AGACUCUGUGGAAGUUCAGCGUCAGCUACAAAAGACGUUUCAGAAAUUGAAGAACGUACGGCACAAUGCUGCUUGUUUGGGUGUGUGUGAGUGUGCUGCAGAGCGUGUGGCUGAACGCGCCGUGUGCUGCAGAGAUCAUGGACCAAACCAAACCAGGAGGAACCGUGGCUCUGACGUGCAGCAUUUCAGACUCCACAAAUACCUUAAGCUGGUUCCACGGCGGCAAGCUCAUCCACAGCAUCAACCCCAAAAAUGGGCUGCCUUUAAGAGGUAAAGCGGAAAUGGUAAAAAGAAGUCGUCUGAAACAUGAGACGACACUGGAGAUUUCUGGAGUUACUCGUGGAGACGCUGGACUGUUCACCUGCAAAGUCGGACGUCAAGAGGAGCAGCACAGGCUCAUCGUGGCGUCGGCGUCCGUGGCCCCCCCUGUUCCCCUCGUGGUUGGCGGCGGUGCGGUUCUUCGCUGUGACGUGGACGGACUUGCCGACGGUUGGACGGUGCAGUGGCGAGGACCCGGUGGGCGGAGCCAUGAAGCGGCUACGGUCCACCUGAGUCCCGUGACCGAGCAGGACGGAGGAACGUGGGAGUGCGCGAUCACGCCGAGCGGAAAAACCAUCACCGACGUAAAGAUUCAAGUCAGAGAUCCACUUCCUCCCACCUCUCCGCCGCCCCCUACCACAAGAAUGACCGUCGGCAACAAGGAAGCGUGUCCGCACUGCGUGAACGGCACACAGACGGCACAGACUCCGCCUCUUCUGCCGAUGGAGCUGAGCUGGUGGGUGUGGGCCGCCAUAGGAGGAGGCUGUGUGGUCGUUUUGCUCUGGGUGCUCGCGCUCAUCAUGUACAACCGUUUAAGCCGGAGAAAGCGACGAUUCAUGAAGAUGAAGGAGGCCGCGCUGUUAAGACCGAAGAACUACUGCCAGUGUCCAGGCCCCAGAGUCACGACGGGCCCCGGCAGAACCAAACCCUCCGCUCCGGCGCCACCUCCGGCCCGACCCGAGCCGUGACCCGGAACACGAGGCCGAAGAGACGAGAUUAUAUAAUGUGUAAAUAUGUUUGUUCUGUGUUUCUGCGUAAACGACGACAAAUUUGAACCACAAACUGUUUAAAGAAGCGACUGAAAGAGACGGUCGAGGCUAAAGCGGAGACGAGUUUUAUGUUUGGAAUUCAGGAGCCAAUCAGGAGCGAGGAUGUUGAAGGUAAAGCCCGUUCCCGCUCGCAUCACUGGUUUAUCAGGGAGCGGGCGCUUAGCAACGCUGUCAAUCAAACCUGUUGCUAAGGAGCGACCUCGAGGAAAGAAGGACCUGAUCUGUCUGUUAUUAAUGUUCAGAUCUUGAUUUACACAAUAGUUUCUCUCUGUGUCCCUCUCUCUUUCUCUAUGUCUCUCCCUCUUUGUCUCUUUCUGUCUCUGUUUUUCUCUCUCUCUCUCCCUCUCCCUGUCUCUCUCUCUCUCUCUGUCUCUCUCUCUCUGUCUCUCUCUCUGUCUCUCUGUCUGUCUCCCUCUGUCUGUCUCUCCGUCUGUCUCUCUCUCUGUCUGUCUCUCUCUGUCUCUCUCUCUCUCUGUCUCUCUCUCUGUCUCUCUCUCUGUCUCUCUCUCUGUCUCUCUGUCUGUCUCCCUCUGUCUGUCUCUCCGUCUGUCUCUCUCUCUGUCUGUCUCUCUCUCUCUGUCUCUCCGUCUGUCUCUCUCUCUGUCUGUCUCUCUCUCUCUCUCUGUCUCUCCGUCUGUCUGUCUCUCUGUCGGUCUCUCUCUCUCUCUCUGUCUGUCUCUCUCUUCACAGACACAAUAGUGAAAUAAAAACCCCAGGAUGUCGAGGUUUAAUCUGAACAUUAAAAUGACUCAGAACUUGUUUUAGAUUU